GCGGAGGCUUCGCUGGGACUGUGCAGGCCGCACCCCCCUUUCUCCCCACCCCCCCGCCUCAUCUUCACCCUCCUCCUUCUCGAUCUUCCUCCUCCUCGUCUUCCUCCCUCUCCCCCCUACGCCACAGCAGUUACCACCAGGAAAAGGGAGCGGGGCAGAAGGCAGCGCGGCGGCGAGCGCCGGCUGCUUCGAAAAUCUCUUCAAUUGGGCAGCUGAGGCGGCUGCUCGUCUUCAGCGCUUUCCUCUACAUUUUUGUAGGAGCAGCAAUCUUAAGUCUCAGGACUCCUUGUUUUCCCAGCCCCCUUGCCCCUCUCUGACGUCCUUUCCCAGUGGACCCCGUCUCCCAGGACCAAAGCCAUCACUCCCACUCUGACCGGUGCCGCUGCUGCUGCUCAUUAAUCCUACUGCUCGUUGCCCACUCGUCCUGCUGCUGCUUUUUUUUUUUUUUUGCUACCACUCUGGAGUUAGCCUUUGCCCCCCUCUGUUGCUUGCAGUCAGCCCCUUAGCCUGUCUUGCUACCCUGGAGCUUCCGAUUUGCUGUCUUUCCUUUAACCACAUCUGUCAUUUAAAAGCUGCCCCUUAACUAUCUCGAUUGUGCCGCUGCUCGUUCUAACCCACCUGUUUCACAGCUUUCUUGGGUAUUGUCCUUUCCUUCCCUCUUUCCUAACUGAUUGUUUCAGCAUACUCUUCCAGAAAAAAAAAAAAAGAAAAGAAAGAAAGGGACGCCCCGUGUUGGCCCCUGAAAAGUCAAGGAAGUUGGGAAGUGAAUGAAGUGAGGUCUUUGAAGUUCUACGGUUUAGUUCUCAGUGCUGAACUUCCUUCUCCCUUAAAUUAUUAUAAACUUUUGCUGCUGUUUAAUAAAAGUGAAGAUGUCUCGCAGUCCUGACGCAAAGGAAGACCCUGUGGAAUGUCCUCUUUGCAUGGAGCCCUUGGAGAUAGAUGAUAUCAACUUUUUCCCUUGCACCUGUGGCUACCAGAUUUGCCGCUUUUGUUGGCAUCGAAUUCGCACUGAUGAAAAUGGGCUUUGUCCUGCAUGUAGAAAGCCAUAUCCAGAAGACCCAGCAGUUUAUAAACCACUCUCCCAGGAAGAACUGCAAAGGAUAAAGAAUGAGAAAAAACAGAAACAAAAUGAGAGAAAACAGAAAAUAUCAGAAAAUCGCAAACAUUUGGCUAGUGUACGUGUUGUACAAAAAAACCUCGUCUUUGUUGUAGGUCUGUCUCAGCGCCUAGCAGACCCAGAGGUUUUAAAACGACCAGAAUAUUUUGGGAAGUUUGGUAAAAUACAUAAAGUUGUCAUCAAUAAUAGCACAUCAUAUGCAGGCUCACAGGGUCCAAGUGCCAGUGCUUAUGUAACCUAUAUACGGUCGGAAGAUGCUCUCAGAGCCAUACAGUGUGUUAACAAUGUGGUGGUGGAUGGCAGAACACUUAAGGCAUCUCUAGGUACAACAAAAUACUGCAGUUACUUCUUAAAGAAUAUGCAGUGUCCAAAGCCUGACUGCAUGUACCUACAUGAAUUGGGAGAUGAGGCGGCCAGCUUCACAAAAGAGGAAAUGCAGGCGGGUAAACACCAAGAAUAUGAACAGAAACUCCUUCAGGAAUUAUAUAAAUUAAACCCCAAUUUCCUUCAACUGUCUACGGGUUCAGUUGAUAAGAAUAAGAACAAAGUGACACCACUGCAGAGGUAUGAUACCCCUAUUGACAAACCUUCUGAUUCUCUCAGCAUAGGGAAUGGUGAUAAUUCUCAGCAGAUAUCUAACAGUGAUACACCUUCACCACCUCCUGGUUUAUCAAAAUCCAAUCCAGUCAUCCCCAUCAGUUCAUCCAAUCACAGUGCACGGUCUCCUUUUGAAGGAGCAGUAACUGAGUCACAGUCGUUAUUCUCAGAUAAUUUUCGCCAUCCCAACCCUAUCCCAAGUGGGCUUCCUCCUUUCCCCAGCUCCCCACAGACUUCCAGUGACUGGCCUACAGCACCAGAGCCACAGAGCCUCUUCACAUCAGAAACAAUCCCAGUAUCAUCCUCUACAGACUGGCAAGCAGCGUUUGGCUUUGGUUCUUCUAAACAACCAGAGGAUGACUUGGGUUUUGAUCCCUUUGAUGUCACUCGAAAAGCCUUAGCAGACUUGAUUGAAAAGGAACUGUCAGUCCAAGACCAGCCUUCCCUUUCGCCCACAUCUCUUCAGAACUCCUCGUCACACACUACAACCGCCAAAGGUCCAGGCUCUGGAUUCCUGCAUCCUGCUGCACCUACAAAUGCCAAUUCUCUGAAUAGUACCUUUUCCGUCUUGCCACAGAGGUUCCCUCAAUUUCAGCAGCACCGAGCGGUUUAUAAUUCAUUCAGUUUUCCAGGCCAGGCAGCCCGCUAUCCUUGGAUGGCCUUUCCACGCAAUAGCAUCAUGCACUUGAACCACACAGCAAACCCCACCUCAAAUAGUAAUUUCUUGGACUUGAAUCUCCCGCCACAGCACAACACAGGUCUGGGAGGGAUCCCUAUAGCAGACAACAGCAGUUCUGUAGAGAGUUUAAAUAUGAAGGAAUGGCAGGACGGGCUAAGGGCACUUCUACCCAACAUUAACAUCAACUUUGGUGGACUGCCCAAUUCUUCCUCCCCCUCCAACGCCAACCACAGUGCACCAGCGUCCAACACUGCCACCACCGCCAGCCCGAGUUGGGACCGCCCUGGCAGCUGGACAGACCCAGCCAUCAUCACAGGUAUUCCAGCAUCUUCAGGAAACAGUUUAGACUCUCUUCAAGAUGACAAUCCUCCACACUGGCUAAAAUCCCUUCAGGCCCUCACAGAGAUGGACGGCCCCACUGCCGCUCCGUCACAAACCCACCACAGCGCCCCCUUCAGCACACAGAUCCCUCUGCACAGAGCCAGUUGGAAUCCCUACCCUCCUCCUUCAAACCCUUCCAGCUUUCACUCCCCACCCCCAGGCUUUCAGACAGCCUUCAGACCCCCCAGCAAAACCCCCACAGAUUUAUUACAGAGUUCAACACUGGACCGCCACUAGGGAAAGAGGGGAAUCCAUUAGAAAACGCAGGAUUUGUCCCCCCCUGUUUUCUCCCUCUCAGCCCACCCAGAGCUCCCUUCUCAUCUCUUACGUUCUGAAGAAUCCAGUUCCUGAUCAAUUUUUUUUUUUUUCUCCCUACCCCCAGAUGCAAUGCGAUCACAGGGUCAUUACCAUCUUUCUUUUUUAAUUGUAAAAGUUUCUGUUGAUCCAGCAUUCAAGUGACACUGUUGAAUGUUUUCUAAAAAUGCCUUUUUAAGGAGGAAAAAAAAAAAAAGAAAUCAAAGGGCAGUCUCAAAACUUAGAAAAUUACUGUUUGUCUGUUGCGCAUAAUAAUGAUAUAAUCUGCUUAGCAGAAAAUGACGAUUAAUCUCUAGGAAAGGUGAAGUAAAUGCAUUAUCAACUGCAGAAGUUUGAAAACCAGGUUGAAAUGAGAUUGCUAAAUGCAUGGGGGAAAGCAGUGGUCCUGGCAUCCAUCUUGUAUUCAGCUUAUCACUAUUGCAGGGAAAAUGCUUUUAAUUUAAUUUUUAAUUAUUUUGGAAACUUGAUUGUGUUGUUAAGCUUAAGAAUUUAUUGGAAGUUGAUGGAAAGAUAAAUUGAUCUGUAGUAGUAACUGGCCUGUUGCUAAAGAGUUUAUAAGGAGGGGAGGGAGAAGUGAUUUUUUUAAAGGAGAAAAAAUUUUGACUUUAGAUUUAAAAUAAAUUCAUAUGUUUUAAAGAAAAAAAGUAUUCACAGAUUUAAUACCUAUGCAUAAUAUAUAUGAGCUGAAAUAUAAGUGAUUUUGUCAAUCUUUCUCCUCUGUCAGAAUCUUUUUUUUCUUUUUACCGUAAAUUCACCUGACUGAGGGCACUCUGAGAUAGCACUGCUCUGGGGCCAUCUGAUCACCAUCAGGAGCAAAUCUCUGACCUCCUUGCCUGCAGCUUUUACUUAACCCUGUAGUUUCUGGACGUUUGUGCAGUAUUGAAAAGACAGGAGAAAAGAAAACAGAAACCUGGUUAUAACCUGAUGCUAAAACUAAAAAAAAAAAAGGAAAUGUACCUCUUUCUUCAGAAUUAAAACUAAAAUCUUAAAUAAAACAGAAAACUUGAUGAUGA